AUGUCAUCCGACAACUGUUUAGAAUUAAUUUCACAAAUGUUGGCGAAUGACACGGUUCAAAACAUCAUAAAUAAAAAUUCACCAACUACUCAUUCAAAUUCCAUUAAUGAUAACAAUAAAAAAAAUGCUCCUAAUAACGUUCUCUGCGAAUUAGGGAAUGAUUUGUCGAAUAAUACUUUAGAAGAAUUAAUUAAUUUUACCACUCAACAUUGUAAUAGCAACAACAACAAUAAUUUCAAUGAUAAUAAAUGA